CAAUCCGCUUAACGAGGCUGAGGCUGGCAAGCGGAGGGAGCUGCCUGCGGGGGGAAACUUUCUUCUCGCGGCUUCUCCUCCUCGCGGCAGUUCGCCGAGGGGUGGGAGCCUCUCCCUGGCCAGAAGGAGCUGCAGAUGCCCAAGAGCUUGGAAAGGCUUUAAGGGAGGCUUCCCCGCUGACUGCGGGAAGGCAGAACCGGCUUGGAGGCGAUUCUUCCUCUCCAGCCCAGUGGUGGGCACAUUGAUGGUCCUUGGAAGGAAAAUGUGUGAGGUUGGUUCCAGAGAACUGCAGCCAUAACUGGAAGAAAAAGUGGAAACCACAGUUCCUUCAAGCUUCACUCAAAGACUAAAUCUGGCAGCUGGAAUUGUGGAAGGUAGCCUUCAAAAAAAAAAGUGGAAGAUAUUUUUUAGAAAUCAGGCAGAGUUUCAUUGGUUUCGCCACACCCAUCAGGCCUGAUGGAUACCAUAGAGACUGCAAAGCUUGAAGAGCACAUGGAAGGCCAGAACAAUGAAACUGCGAAUGGUUAUGCUCGACCUGCUCUCGCUGUCGAUGAGGAGAGCAAGAAUGGUAGCAGUAGCAAGCAAAAGGGUUUAUCCAAUGGCUUGCGGAAAAGCACGAAGCAAUACCCAGACUAUAUCCAGAUUUCUAUGCCUACUGAAACUAGAAACAAGUUCCCUUUGGAAUGGUGGAAAACAGGCAUUGCUUUUGUGUAUGCUCUCUUCAACUUAAUUCUAACGACUGUCAUGAUCACAGUGGUACAUGAGAGGGUGCCUCCCAAGGAGCUCAGUCCUCCGUUGCCAGAUAAGUUUUUUGAUUAUAUUGAUCGCGUGGAAUGGGCUUUUUCUGUAUCAGAAAUUAAUGGAAUGAUACUUGUUGGAUUAUGGAUAAUCCAGUGGCUGUUUCUCAGAUACAAAUCAAUAGUGGGACGAAGAUUCUUUUUUAUAUUGGGAACUUUGUACCUCUACCGCUGUAUUACCAUGUAUGUCACCACACUACCUGUGCCCGGAAUGCAUUUUCAGUGUGCUCCAAAGCUCAAUGGAGAUUCUCAAGCUAAGAUUCAACGAAUCCUGCGACUAAUUUCAGGUGGUGGAUUAUCUAUAACAGGCUCACACAUCUUAUGUGGAGACUUCCUGUUCAGCGGCCACACUGUAGUGCUAACGCUCACGUACCUAUUUAUCAAGGAAUAUUCCCCUCGUCACUUUUGGUGGUAUCACUUGAUCUGUUGGUUGAUGAGUGUUGCUGGAAUAAUCUGCAUCCUGGUGGGACAUGAACACUACACUGUAGAUGUCGUCAUUGCUUAUUACAUCACUACAAGACUCUUCUGGUGGUACCAUUCAAUGGCUAACGAAAAGAACUUGAAGGUCUCUUCACAGACAAACUUUCUGUCUCGAGCAUGGUGGUAUCCAGUAUUUAAUUUCUUUGAGAAGAAUGUACAAGGCUCAGUCCCUUGCUGUUUUUCAUGGCCAAUAUCCUGGCCCCCUAGCUGUUUCAAAUCUUCAUGCAAAAAAUAUUCUCGGGUUCAGAAGACUGGAGAGGACAAUGAAAAAUCUACCUGAAGAAAGUUAAGGCAAGAAAAUGGAUCUGCUGUUUGCUUUCAUCAGAAACAUUUGUGCUAUUACCAAAGCUCUUAAGAGGACUAGAUUGUUAAUGGGAGAUGUGGACCAAACUUUAUGCAACUGAUUUGAGAAAAGACUAUUGCAGACAAAAUAUAUGUGUGUGUGUGUAUACAUAUACAUUAUCCCUUGGUAUGGUUUUUUCCCCCCUCCCCCUAGUCAAAUUGUACAGUUCCAUCCUACUCUUCAUUGCCAGUAGACAUUCAGUGGCACUUUGGUGCCAGAAGAAGACUUCCUGAAGAGAAGAGGAGCCAGGACUUUGGUUUCUUAAUGAGAUUAAGAGAUGCCAAAGAACACAUGACACCAUCUGUUGUUAAAUAUCACUCACCCAUAGAAGCACGGAAACAAAAUAUCAGCUUCAGAACCCUGAAGUAUGAUGAGCAAAACCAUAAGAAAUGUUAAAGGCACAAUGCUGGUCUCUCUCAAUAUACAGAGAAUAACUGAAGUUGGUAGGCAAUGGUUUUGUUGUCACUAGUGAAGACAAGACCUGUGACUGGUGAAACCAGAAGAGAGCCUUGGUUUUUUAUAUAUAUAUAUAAAUAUAUAUAAUGUAUACCAAAUAUAUUAUGACCCUGUAAUGUCACCACAGUUUCCAUAUACUCUAUUGACUUUUACAUUUUUUUUAAAUAAGUGGUAAUUUUAUAUGUGAAAAUAAAAGCUAUUUUACUUGAUGAUAUUGUAAGCUAGAAAUAAUGUCUGCUAACGUCAUUGGGGUUCUACAAGGAGGGAAAGUAAUUUAUUGUUAAAAUGCUUAUAAGUUAGGCAAGAUAAUUAUUUAAAUUCCUGCUGGUCAGUUAGCUUGUGCGAAUGUAGGGUGUGUGUGCGUGUGCAUAACACUUUUGAGAAUAUUUGAUACAGUGAAUGCUCAAAAUAUGGAACUGUAAUCCCAAGAGAACGUUGACAAUCCCUCCUCAAACAGCUACCACUGAGUCUGGACAAAAGAUUAUUUGUCCAGACUCAUGUUAAUGCAGACUAAUGGCCAUUGUCUGCAUUAACAUUAUAAUUCUGAAUGUUCACCAGAUUCUUGUGGAAUUGUCAACAUUCCCUUAUGAUUCUCUGCACACAUGGCCACAGAUUUACACGUGAAUUCGCAAAUUAUAUAUGAACUAAGAAGAUGGUAAUGAUCAUGGGAUGCAAUACUCCUAAUGAUCCUCAAUUCACUCGCUUUGGUCUUGUGUAGCUACCCUCCUGAAAUAGGAUUCAUUGAACACUUUAAAAAGAAAUGUUAACCAUUUUUGUGCAAUGUGACACCAAGUCUGAGAGCCGGGUGUGGUGCAUUUACAAACUAACAUUAUUGUGUUUUCCCUUGGCACGAAUUUCAUUUGUUCAAAAUCUUGUGCCAAGACUGUUCACUGCAAUAGGUUUGUGUGUGUCACUGUUGUUGAACACUACUUAUUAUUAAAUGGCCACUUGGCCAGUCUGCUACUUUCUUGUGUAUCAAGGUUUGCUUGAUUGGAUAAAGUGUAUAUAUCAUAUAAACUUAAUAUAUGGAAGUGCUCUGAUGUUUGUUACACUACUGUGCAGAGAAGCUAACAGGGCCCACUUUUAUUCUGUUUUGUGUAGGAAUCCAAUAGUGCCAUUUCUGUUAUAUUGCACAGCUAAUUAUGUUGUAUUUUUUCCUUGCCAGUUCUUUUAUUUUAAAUUUGUUAAAAAAAACAGACGCAAAAUAAUUAAAUUCACUUUAAUCAGUUGUUUAGAAUUUUUAAAUAAUGCCCUUUUAAAAAUUGGCUAACGAGCAAAUGUAAUCAGAAAACUUGUUUUGAUUUGAAAUUUAGAAUGUAGCUUCUUCCAUCUACAGGGCCAGUUACCAUAAACGGUUAAGCUAAUUCAAGUAUUAGUUCGAAGAUCACUUUGGCAACAGCAAUAAAUCAGGGCAAUAAGUAAUGCAUCCUGACUGUGGAAGGAUAGCAAAGCCCUGUCAUCCAGCCAGAUGCCUUACUUCUACAGGUUAUUUUUUUUUCCCCAUCACCAAUAUAUUUAACAUGCACACUCACUCUCAAGUUGAUUCUAGGCACAUAUGUUAUAGCAUGUGUGUUUACAGAUAACCAAACGUUUCCGUAAACACAAUGAGAUGCAAUGACACAACUUAUCCCAAAAGUGUCAUCUUCUGGGAAAUGGUAUUUAUGAUCCAGAGAAAAGUAUAAGGGGAGGACUGAACGUCAGAUGGGACUCUCACUGUAUGAAUAUAGCAUGAAAUCUGAGUGUAGAUCAUUGUCUGUACCAAUACAGUAGGCUGGUUCUCCCAAUCUGCCAGAGGGUAGGACAAAUGUUCUACUCAUAUUUGGGAGCUCUGUGUGUGCUCCCAUUUUGUGAUCUUGUGUAAGUAAAAGCAAGGUAGGUGGUGGGGUGAGUGAUUGCCUGUGAGGCUUGCACUGGAUAGGGGGGCUCUGUCCUACCCAGCAUCUGUACCCACCUGUUUACAGAGGCAGGCGGAAAAGCCUGGCUACCCAGAGGAAGCCCUGCACACAAUCAUUUUCCCUACCUCCUACAUUGCUUUUUAUUUGUUUGUGAUCACAAAAUGGACACAUGGGCAGCUCCCAGACAUGGGUAGGACACUUGUCCUGCUGGCCAUGAGAACCAGCCUAAUAUGUACACAGGCAUUUGUCCCAUAAGAAUGUGCACCCGAUUUGUAUUAUCUUGCUCCUGCACCAAGUAUUUCCCAUAUAGAUAGUCUAUCACUUCUGAAGCAGCCCUCAAACUGGACUGAAUCUUGAAUGUUUUAAAGGCAACUUGCAAGGUAGUUGCAGGCUUUAGAGCAGGGGUGGGCCACAAUUGUGGCUGAGGAUGAUGGAAGUUGUUAUUCAACAGCAGCUGGAGGAGGCCCUUCUGCCCACCCCUGCUUUAAAGGAAAAGGUUCUGCUGUGCACCUCCCUGUUGCAGGUGUGUUAAUCGGCUCAGUCCAGUGGCAAAGGACAAGAGUUAGAAGUUAGAAACAGGCUUUUCCCUCAAGUCUGUCUUCUGUUUAAAGUGUUCCGAGAAGUAGUUUAGAGAUUUGCUGGGAAAGUACUGAGAGAGAGCCCAAACGCUUGAGCAUCAUGACUAGUGCGUGCACAUCUUGCCUCACUGGGUUGUUACCAAUGAGUAGACCUCAAGCCGUUUUUCAACACGUUCAUCAAGUGCAAGGAAAGGGGAACCAAACCAGGCUGAGUGGGUACAGUCCCCUGUGUGUCGCUAUGUCCAGCCUUUUUGGCAGCAAAGGGCAAUACUAAAUGUGGAGAGGGUUCCUCCAUGCAAGAUGGAGCAUUCCAGGUUUCCACAUCAUGUAGAGGAAACCCUCCAUGCAUUUGUUGCUGUCCUCCACAGACAUUUACUAAACCUAGUGUAGUCUGGGUAAGAACAGCCCUGCUGGAUCAGGCCCAAGGCCCAUCUAGUCCAGCAUCCUGUUUCGCACAGUGGCCCUCCAGAUGCCACUGGAAGCCCCCUGCCUUCGCUUUUGUUCUGGGACUUUAAGCAAAGUCUCUUGCUAGUUCCCUUAUCUUUCUCUUACUCUCUCACCUCUUGUGGGGGCAAAAGAGAGGGAGCGGUUUGUGGCUUCCAAAUAAAGCAUGGCAUUUUAACUAAAGUUACUAAUUGGACAACUUCAAACUUGUCCUGUUCUAAAUGUACGUGUCUCUUAUGCAGAAAUAAUUUUUAUUGUCUUCUCUUCACGGGCAACCUGAGAGGCACAGCUUGGACACCAGGCCAGUCCAAAAUAGUCAAGUAGCUCCACCACUCUAUAGUCCUUUUACCAGUUUGCUGUUGGUUAUUGUGUGUGUGUGUGUGUGUGUGUGUGUGUGUGUGUGUGUGUGAGUUUUAGUAAUCUUGAAAAGAGAAGUCCUUGGUUAUAGACAGCUGGUUCUUUGGACAGUUUUGUGAUUUGUAUGGUUUAUUUUUCAAAUCUGAUAAAAGAUUUCAGUCCCCUGCUAACUGAGCAGAGGUACUUUUUUUUUAAAAAAAAAAGUGGUGAUUCUCUUUGUUUAGCAGGGGGAGAGCAACUGGCCCUGUCUAUCCCCAGCAUAGCAUUCCUCCAGUGGGAGUUGCUAGUGUUGUGUCUUAUGUUUCUUUUUUAGAUUGUGAGCCCUUUGGGGACAGGGGAGCCAUUUUAUUAAUUUUUUUAUUUCUCUCUGGGCUUUCUCUCUCUCUCUCCACACACACCACUAUUUCCCAAAGCGGAAAUAGAGAAAUAAAGAGAGAGAGAGAUAUUUUCUGUCAAGUAACAGUUGCAUAGAACUGCAGCCAAUUCUAUAGAGUUUAUUCCAAGUAAAGCCUUAAUGAACUCAUUGGGGCUUACUCCCAAGUAACUGCUGUGUGCAUAGGAUUGCAGGCCAAGGACAUAUCCCAGUAAUGUGUGUUGUGAGAGGGAGGGCUUGCUUAAAAAAAUUUUUUUUUUAAAUGUACUAUAUGUGCAUAUUUGUGAGAAGAAAGGAAACCAGUGGGCUCUCUGUGUGGUAUUUUCAAGCAGUGUGAAACAUAUGUAUGUAGGUGCUACCUGCAAAUAGGUGCUCUAGACUCCAACCCCUCCCCACUUCAGUUGAUCUUCUUAGCCUAGUCCUGCAUGGGGUGAGGAGAAGAGGGCUGAGAUUGCAAGGAGGGGAAGAAGUGGAGGCAACGCUAAUAGAAGAAGGGAUGGAGCUACUGAGAAGGUGUCAUGGGGAAUUGAGAGAGAGAGAGAGAGAGAGAGAGAGAGAGAGAGAGAGAGAUUCUCUAAGGACAGGAUUCCUUUACUCACAGCCAACCAAGCGGUGAAUUUAUCACUAAAUCAGCACUACAUAGCCAGCUGCCAAGUGCUGGUAUGAAUGAUGACUUUUGGUUGAGACAAGUAAAAAAAAUUGUCUGGAGAAAACCAUGGGCUGGUUCUUUCUAACUUUAGGGUUGGACCUGCCUACUAUUAGCCCCGCCUAUGGCUACCCUAGUUCCCUCUCCUCCCCUCUGACCCCCACCCCAGCCCCAAGAGGCAGCUGCCCCCACUGAACUAAAUGUUACUGAGGUUCAGAUAUGACAGUUAGCCAAGGAAUACUUUUGGGGGGGGGGGAUAUUUUUUUUCUGCUUGAAAACAAGUGUAUGGCUUAACCACCUCAUUAUUAGACAAAUGGGGGGUAAAAUAGUGAAGGGCUCUUCAGAAUUUAGUCCUCUGUAGAGAACAGUGUGAGCAGAGGGCAAAUGGGAAUGUGCAAGUUAGCCACUGAUAGCUACAAAACUGGAUGUCCCUGCUACCUACACCCUGAGUGUCCUUGUAUAUAGCAUCUAUCUCGAAAGGAUGGUGCUGAACAUGGAGGGUUCUAGUCAGCACUGGAGUGUAUUUGUUCUUGUGUUCCCAUUUGCCCUCCUUCAUGUGUUGAAGACCAUCAUUCAAAGAGGACUUAAAAAUUGCAAUUCAUUCUGAUUCUUAGUAGACUUCUCAUUUUUGUACAAGUGGAUAUAUAUUGUUAGACUAACGCCAAAUAUAUUUCCUGUACCAGGUUUUUGCACAGCUUGUGAAUCAGCAGCCAUGUCUGGUGGACCAAUGCCUUAAGUAAAUUUUCCUGGGUUUUGCGGCCUGCCUAGGACUGCCCAACCAGGGGAAAGUUGAGCACUCAGCUGGUCACCAUACCAUUGAAGGUCACAAGUUGUGCAGUCCUGACCAGUGCUGUGUUAUAGGUUUCCUGCUAAAUAUUUACACUGUCGACCCUUCUUGGAAAGUGUUUACAAGCCUCUGAUGAUGAUCCUAAGGGGGGAAAUAUACAUGGCAGGAGCUUAAAUGUGAGCUUCAGUAAAUUUUAUAUUUUAAAAGUACUUUUCUGUAUAGGAUAAAGACAUGUCUUGUAUUUCCAAGCAUAUGCAGACUACAUGCUCAAGAGGAACUUAAAUAUCUAUAGAUGUAUGAUGUGCCUGGCAAUUGCUAUAGUAAGAUUUUAGCAUGUUUGAAAGUAAAAAGCUAAUUUUAAAAUAUUCAGAAUUGCUAUUGUGAUCACACAGAUCCAUCGUUUAUCUCACUUUAUGGGUCUCUUAUGAAUCAAAUAAUCCUUAAACACACCAAGUUUCUAUCAGUCAAGAAUAAUUCCAGCACAGAUGCAAUUUCUUGAACUUGUUUUGUUCUCCAAAUAAGAAGUAUAUAUGUUGUUUCUCUUUGUCAAUGAAGUGCCUCUGAUAACAAUUUUGAAGUAGUGGGAACUGUUCUAGGUGCUUAUUUGUUCAGGUGCUUGAAAGUAGGUUUCACAAUCUAACUUCAAGAAAGAAUUUUAUAGCUCACUUCUGUGGAGUAUUAGGCACACAUAGGUAUGCUUGAAGCCUGUUGGUUUUUAAUUGACUGAAGUGUGCCUGCAUAAAAUCAGAAUGAGAAGUUUUAGCCAUAGUUGUAGCUUCUAAAAGGGGGGAGGGGAUGUGUCAUGAUAAUUUUGUAACUACAAAUAACUUGCAACACAUCUCUUGAGAUAUAAAUUAGUUACUAAACCUAGGUAUAUAAUAAAGCAAUGCAGAUAGGAUAUCUACAGUGUCUAUUGGCCCCCUCUAAUGGACACAAGUGGUAUUGCAUUGCUUUUCGGCAUUGAUGAGCAUAUUUUUGUGGCUUAAUCCUCAAGGACUGAUUUAGUUCAAAGUAAAAAGACAUUUUAUAUUUUUGCCCAUAUACAGUUUGCAUUAAAGAGAAACUUAAUUACCUUUUUGCCUAUACUGCUACUGCUUUUUUAAUGCCUCUCUGGUUUGGCCCCAGAGGCAUAAAUAAAGAAAUACUAUGUACUAUGAAAAUGUC